UCGUUAUCCUUUAAAAUCGUUUUUCGGUCAAGGUCGUCUUUCUGGCUGAGGCUGGUCACAGUCUGGUGUGUGUAGACGAUGGCCGAGGCGGAAAAGUCUUCCUGGCCAAACAACCGAGAUGCUUACGAGCUGAAAGACGUCAUAGGUGCGGGAGCUACAGCUGUUGUACAGGCUGCUGUAUGUAAACCGAGAAAUGAGAAAGUUGCCAUUAAAAGAAUAAACCUGGAAAAAUGCAACACCACCGUAGAAGAGCUCUUGAAAGAGAUUCAGGCGAUGAGUCAAUGUAAACAUGAGAACGUGGUGGGCUAUUACACAUCAUUUGUGGUUAAGGAGGAGCUCUGGGUGGUUAUGAAGUUAUGUGGAGGAGGUUCAAUGCUUGAUAUCAUUAAAAGCAGAAUGAAAGCGGGGAUCUGUAAGAAUGGGGUAAUGGACGAGGCGUCUAUUGCUACGGUCCUAAAAGAGGUGUUAAAGGGUCUGGAAUACUUCCACAAUAAUGGACAGAUACAUCGAGACAUCAAGGCGGGGAAUGUUCUCCUGGGAGACGAUGGGGCUGUGUAUAUAGCAGAUUUUGGUGUUAGUGCAUGGCUGGCCACUGGUAAAGAUAUCACCAGGGACAGUGUCCGACACACCUUUGUGGGAACCCCAUGUUGGAUGGCACCAGAGGUCAUGGAACAGGUGACAGGAUAUGACUUUAAGGCCGACAUCUGGAGUUUGGGAAUAACGGCCAUUGAACUGGCCACUGGUACUGCUCCGUACCAUAAAUAUCCACCAAUGAAAGUCCUGAUGUUGACCCUACAAAACGAACCCCCGAAUCUGGACACCAGCGCAGAAGACAAAGAACAGUACAAGGGUUACUCCAAAAUAUUCCGUAAAAUGAUAGCUGAGUGUCUGCGAAAGGAACCAGAAAAGAGGCCAACUGCAAAGCAGCUUCUGAAACAUGAAUUCUUUAAGAAAGCCAAGGACAAGCAGUACCUGGUUAAGUCUCUGUUGUCGGAUGGUGUGGCGGUCAAACCCCAGAAGGUGAAGCGGGUCCCCGGGUCCAGCGGUAAACUUCACAAAAAUGAGGAGGGGGAGUGGGAGUGGUCCGACGACGAGAUGGACCCUGAGGACCAGACACAGGACACCCUAGUCGGCACCCCCACACAAGUAACCAUCUUAUUAUACCCCACGCACCCCCACACAAGUAACCAUCUUAUUAUACCCAACGCACCCCACACAAGUAACCAUCUUAUUAUACGUCACGCACCCCCACACAAGUAG